AUGCUCGAUGGGUCGAGCCCCCAGGCUGGAAAGAUUUGGAAGAAGGCUCACCUAACCUUCCUAUUUGAUGGUAAACAAAUGACCGAGACCUUCCUUAUAUGCAACACCGGGUCUCACGCCGCCAUCUUGGGACUGAAAUGGUUGGACGCACACAACCCAGAAAUCAAUUGGAACGCGCAAACCCUCUCCUUCCCCCAUACACCACCAGAACACGUGGCCAUUGCCAAGGAAGAGGAAGCUGAUCAGAAUCCCCUUGAAGGAGUACCCCCAAAAUAUCACCAGUACGCCAAGGUAUUUGGGGAGGAAGAAUUCAACAAGCUUCCCCCACAUCGGCAUUACGACAUUGCCAUUGAACUAACGGAAGAAGGGCCCCUCAAUUCCCCGUUAUAUAGCAUGACUGAUGCCAAAUCCUCCACACUCAAGGAUUGGCUCAGGGACAAACUCAAGGCGGGGAAGAUCCGCCCCAGCAAGUCAUCAAUCAGUUCCCCUGUCAUGUUUGUACCCAAAAAGGAUGGUUCCCGUUGGCUUGUGGUUGACUACCGCCGCCUCAAUAGUCGGACAAAGAAGAAUGUGUACCCGUUACCUCGUCCAGAUGACCUCAUGGCCCAGCUCCGUGGUGCUAAGAUCUUCACCAAGCUAGACCUGAGAUGGGGUUACAACAAUGUCCGUGUUAAGGAGGGCGACGAAUGGAAAACCGCGUUCCGCACUAAGUAUGGCCUGUACGAGUCUCUUGUCAUGACCUUUGGUUUAACCAACGCCCCUGCCUCAUUCCAACACUUCAUGAACGAAUUAUUCAAGGAUCUAUUGGAUGUAUGCGUCAUCAUUUAUCUUGAUGACAUCCUAAUUUAUUCAAAGGAUGACGCAACCCACACCCAGCACGUUCAUGAAGUAUUACGGCGGUUAAUGGCAAACCAAUUGUUCUGCAAGGCGUCAAAAUGCACGUUCCAUGUUACAUUGGUGGAAUACUUGGGAAUUAUCGUGUCAGACAAAGGUUUUAGUCUGGACAAACUCAAGAUUCGGGCAGUUCAGGAAUGGCCCACGCCUACCAAGGUCAAGGAAGUGCAGUCCUUCCUAGGGUUUGCCAACUUCCUCCGCCGCUUUGUGGCCAAUUUCAGCCAUAUAGCCAGACCGUUGCAUAAUUUGGUGAAAAAGGACACGCCUUGGAAAUGGGAUACCAGAGAACAGGAAGCUUUUCAGGGACUCAAGGAUGCUAUCACGAGCGCCCCCGUACUCUGCCAUGCCGACCCCACCAAGCCUUACUUCUUAGAAACGGAUGCCUCCAGCGCAGCACUAGGUUCCAUAUUAAGCCAACGCCAAGAAGACGGCCGCCUACACCCCCUAGGGUUCCUGUCAGAAUCAUUCAAAGGCGCGGAACUGAAUUACGAUACACAUGACAAGGAAUUACUGGCAAUCAUCUGCUCCUUUGAAUACUGGCGUAUCUUCUUAGAGGGAACCUUACACCCCGUCACUGUGUUCACCAAUCACCGCAACUUAGAAUAUUGGAAGGAGUCCCGCACGUUCAACCGCCGCCAUGCCAGAUGGCAUCUACUGCUAGCUGGAUAUAACUUCCAUAUUGUAUACCGCCCAGGUAAACAAUCUGGCAAGCCGGAUGCCCUAUCACGCCGAUCAGAUCACGCGGACAUCCCACCUGAACCACAAACCAUGCUACCGGAUCCUGUAUUCGCUAAUGUUGGCCUAGUUAUUCCUGAAAAAGAGCUGCAACGCCAAAUCAAAGCAUCCUUGGAUCAGGACGAAUCCCUGGAGGAAAUACUCCAAUUCCUACAGAACAAGUCAAAAGCCCCGCCCUCCAUCAAACGAGCCUUCAAGGAUUACCAAAUGGAGGCGGGCCUACUCUUCUAUCAGGGAAGGAUUGUGGUACCAGAUACCGGGACUUUACGGACAGACUUACUCCGCAUAUUCCACGACAGCCCUCUGGCCGGGCACCCGGGUAGACAACGAACAUUGGAACUGGUCUCUAGGAACUACUAUUGGCCCGGAAUCCGCGCAGAUACUUACUGGCACAUAGAUUCCUGCAAAACCUGCCAACAAAUCCGCAAACCAAAGUAUGCUUCCAUUCCCCCGCAACCGUUAGAACUGCCGUCUCGCCCCUGGCAACACAUAUCCUACAACAUGAUUGUUGACCUACCCAAGGACGGAGCCUACGACUUGAUACUGGUCAUUGUGGACAGUUUCACCAAAUACGUAGUACUGGUGGAAUGUUCCAAGAAGUUAAAAGCUCCCGAAUUGGCAGAUCUUUUCCUACGACAUGUCUGGAAGAAAUACGGAAUGCCGGAGAAAACAAUAUCCGAUCGAGGAAGGGUCUUCAAUAACAAAUUCCUCAAGGCAUUGUACAAACAAUUAGGAAUAGACCCCCACUUCUCCUCAGCCUACCACCCGCAGAGCGAUGGACAAAUGGAACAGGUAAACCCCACGGUUGAGCACUUCCUAAGGGCUUAUUCAGGGAUCAACCAGAGGGAUUGGGUCAGAUGGUUACCAAUGGCAGAAUUUGCGUACAACAACGCAGUACACAGUAGUACCGGCAAAUCCCCAUUCAAAGCGCUACAUGGAUGGGAACCCUCACUUACUCCAAGCAACGUCCCUACCAAUGUCCCCGAAGCGGAUGACGUAGCCUCCCAGAUGGAAUCCCAAUGGCGGGAAAUAGAAGCAGCACUCCGGCAAUCAAAAACACGCAUGACAGCCGGAGAAACAGGAGAACCAAUCAGUUUUGAAGUAGGAGAAGAGGCCUGGCUAGACGCCAAGAACGUAAAACUAAAAACCCUGAGUCCCAAGUUAACGGAACAACGGCUAGGCCCCUUCAAAAUAACCAAAAAGAUCUCCGACCGUGCUUACCGCCUAGAACUCCCGCCAUCUAUGAGAAUCCAUAACGUCUUCUACGUGGGACUACUGUCAAAGGUGAAAAAGGACGAUAAACGCGCAUUUGAAAACCGGCCGCCCCCGGUCACUGUGGACGGGGAGGAAGAAUACAAAGUGGAAGGAAUCGUGGACAUGGAAAAUAGGAACGGAAAGUGGUUUUUUAGGGUUAAAUGGAAAGGCUACGGAUCAGAGGAAAAUACCUGGGAACCAAGGGAAAACCUCAAAAACGCCAAAAAAAUCCUGAAAAAAUUUGAAAAGGAAAUGAAGGAAAAGGCCCUUGGCGCCGCCAAGGCCCUUAAAGGGGGGGCAGUGUUACGUCUAGGACAUCCCCCAGUUGUCACAGCUGAUGGAGAAGAGGAAUAUACUGUUGAAAGGAUCCUAGACUCCAAGAAAGUGGGUCGACAAGUCAAAUACUUGGUUAAAUGGAAAGGGUAUGGACCAGAGGAUAACACAUGGGAGCCCAAGGCCCACUUAGCCAAUGCCCCUGAAAAAUUGGCUAAGUUUCACCGUGAACAUCCAGAGGCAGCUGGACCUUAA